AUGCAGGCACCGAAUGGUUUAAACGUUUGUAUGAAUUCGGUAUACACUUCCAUUCCUGGUAUUCCUGAAUUAGGAAUGGUGUGGAUGGGAGAUAUGAUGAUACAUAAUGAACCAACAACUGAGCUCAUAAUAGACCCAAGGCACGCUUCUGAAAGUCCUUUUAUUACACAUGGCUCUCAUUCAUUUGGAAAUAUACGAAAUCAUCAAAUAGCUCCUGCUACUAUGGUUAGAUAUUUGCCUCAACAAUUUGCUAAUAAUUGUUCAGAAAUUGAUGAAGCUAUAGAAGCAGCUAAUAGUCAAAACAUUCAGCAAGCAUACGACACUCAAGAAGAAAAUGAAGGAAUGAGUGAUUAUUUAACUUUAGAUGACUAUGUAGAAAAAGAAGAAGAGGAGGAGGAAGAAGAUGAAGAACAGCAACGACAUCAAGAGCAAGACGAAGAAGAAGAAGAAGAAGAAGAACGGGAAAUGGUAGUAAGCAAUGUAGCUACUCAGACGACUCAAGAUAAUAAAAAUCGUAAAAUUAAACCGAUUAAGCAUCCCGGAUUAGUAUUGAAGACGCCGAUCGCUUAUCAACCUCAUACUGAUUUGAAUUUUAUUCCCAUUCGCAAAGAUGGGAUAGCUGUUUGUGAAAAAUGCGGUGCGAUAGGUGUAAAGCAUGCUUUUUAUACAAAAGAAAGGAGAUUUUGCAGUAGGGCAUGUGCUAGGUCUUCAGAGCACACAACAUCCACGGCUGAUUCAACUUAUAGUCCAUCUUAUGUUGAACAACAACAUAUUCAUCUUUCAAAAGAUGAAAAAAAUUCAGAUCAUGAGAUGCUUGCUAGAGUUAAUCAAGUGAGUUGUGAAGAAUGCUUUUCUUCUGAAGAAAAAACUGAAGAUAAAAUAAUUCCUGAAUCAGUAAUGCCUGAAGAUUUGCCUGUUAGACGAAAAAGAACCGCUGAAAUGGCUGGUUCUUAUGACUGGACUCCGCAACUUACUGAGUCAGGUUUUUGUGCAGCGCCAGUAUCCUGUUUUAAACAUGCACCGAUAUCUGAAAUAUGGGAUAAUAUUACUGUAGGAAUGAAAGUUGAAGUUGAGAAUACGGAUUGUGAUGAAGUUUGCGAAGCAUUUCCGGAUUCUUUCUGGGUUGCUACUGUCCUCAGAAUUUCUGGUUAUAGAGCAUUAUUAAGAUACGAAGGAUUUGGUCAGAAUUCUGAGAAAGAUUUUUGGGUAUCUCUUUGUUCUAGUGAUAUUCAUCAAGUUGGCUGGUGUGCAACUAUUGGGAAACCCUUAAUCCCUCCUAAUACAAUUGCUAAUAAAUAUAAGGACUGGAAAGAUUUUCUUAUGCGAAGGCUUACUGGUGCUCGAACCUUACCUACAAAUUUUUAUAAUAAAGUUAAUGAUAGUAUUAAAUCUCGAUUUCGUUGCGGUUUGCAUUUAGAAGUUGUAGACAAAAAUAGAAUCUCCCAAGUUAAAGUCGCAACAAUUCAAAAAAUUGUUGGCAAACGAUUGCAUAUUAGAUACUACGAUUCUCCGCCCGAAGAUAGUGGUUUUUGGUGCCACGAAGACUCUCCUUUGAUCCACCCUGUAGGCUGGGCAAAAAAAGUUGGACAAACACUUGAUGCGUAUCCAGAAUACUUGGAACGUGUAGCAAAAAAUCGUUUAAGUUCGGAUGAUGCUACAGAAAAUUUAUUUCAUGUGCCAAAAAUUCAUCAUGUACAUCUGGGUUAUACAUUCUGUGAAGGAAUGAAAAUUGAAGCAAUAGAUCCCCUUAAUCUUUCAGCAAUAUGUGCUGCUACAGUAAUGCAAGUUCUUAAAGAAAAUUAUAUUAUGAUAAGAAUUGACAGUUAUGACGAGGAUACUAGUGGUGCAGAUUGGUUCUGUUAUAAUGUUAGUUCGCCAUGUAUUUUUCCAAUUGGUUUUUGUGCUCAACAUGGUUUACCCCUUACACCUCCAAAAGGCUAUGAUCCUACAACCUUUUCAUGGGACAAUUAUUUAGCUGAAACAAACACUAUACCAGCACCAGUUCAAUUAUUUAAUCGUGAAAUUCCUCAACAUGGAUUUAUUGAAGGAAUGAGAUUAGAAGCUGCGGACUUAAUGGACCCAAGAUUAGUAUGUGUUGCUACAAUUACUCGUGUAAUUGGUCGACUAUUACGUGUUCAUUUUGAUGGCUGGGAAGAUGAAUAUGACCAAUGGCUGGAUUGUCAAAGCCCUGAUAUUUACCCAGUAGGUUGGUGUGAUCUUGUUGAUCAUAAGCUUGAAGGCCCUCGUGUGUCUAUUGAAAUAAUUAGUUCAGCUGUAAAAACACCUAAAAGCCUUAAACGUAAAGCAAAAAGAAAAAUGAAGAAAAGUGGUAAAAUCAGUUGUCUAAGAAAUGUUUUAUCAAAACAUACCACCCGUGUUGAAAGACUUAAAGAGUGUAAAAAAGAACUUGGACAGAUCACAAAGAUUGAACAUGAUAGAGAGAUGAAAAGUUUACCCGAACAAGAUGAAAGAGAACCAGAACCAGCAUUAGAACCAGCUGGACCAGAUCAAACUUUACCAAUUCCUACAAUCGGACAAUGUCAUUCUUCAUUACAUGAAACUCAGUGUGACGUUGAAAAUUUACAACCACAAAAAAAGACUACUACCUCCAAUAUUCGUGUCAAUACAACUAGUGGAAAGUAUAUUCCAAGAAUAGCUGAUGGAUGGCAGAAAAGUUCUGAUUCUGGGGAAUUAGUGCCUGUAGAGUGGAACGUGCACGAUGUUGCGCAGUUUUUGCACAUCAAUGAUUGUGCUGCUUAUUGUGACAAUUUUUGUAAACGUAAAGUUGAUGGGAAAGUAUUUCUUACAUUAACAAAGGACCAAAUCAUAGAUUUGACUGGCUUUAAAGUUGGUCCAUCAUUAAAAAUAUUUGAUCUUAUUCAACAAUUGAAAAUCAAAGUUAAUCCAGCACAUGAAAGAUUGAAACUAGGGUUAAAAAAAAUAUUGUAG